UUUAAUAGCAAAGUCUAUAGUCCAUACCAUCAACACAGUUGCUCGUAUGAAAUCGCUGCACCUCGAUAAAGUUUAUCGAGAAGACAAGAACCAUGCAGUUAUGUUGUAAAAUCCUACUACGAAUAUCCGCGUAUCAAAACAACUUUUCACAACAAAAUACGAUCACAGCUAAUUGAAGCAUUACUUGAACAUCAAAUUUAAAAAAUUUAACAUACCAGUGAUUGUUAGCCAUUUUCUUCUAUAGAUGUCGCUUUAACGAGCAUACAAUUUCGUUUGCUGCAUGUACACCCGGGAUAUUGCUUGCUGUCCAUGUCGCAAACUUAUAUGCACUGAAAUUUGAUAAGCCUGAAGUUUAAUGUUCCUAUCGUAAUUGAGCUCGAAAAGGAAUUUUCUCACGCAUGACAGAUACAUAAAGCCACAUAAUCCACAAAUACGAUAACUCCUUAAGAUCCUUAACGACUUUUCUCUACAUAUAGCGUUGUUUUCAAGAGAGAAUGUAUCAUGUGUCCCCUCUUUUUGCUACAAGAAGCAAUGCUUCCAAUGAGGGGAACAAAUACUAAAUCUUGUCUGAUUUUCUUCCUGUAUUCCUUUCUUCGUUACGCGUCGGCUUGAUUGCACAUCGAUUGAUUAGAUGACCCGCUUCGCCGAGAUUAAUUGAACGAAGCGUGAGAUGCCUACGAGGUAUUGAAAUGAGCCGUAGUCAUCCUGACAAAUAACAUGUCACAUUCAAAUUAAAGUCAUCUCACGCUUCCUUGAAUCUCAGCUAUAAGUGGGACUGCGCCUUGCCAUUUUUGUUAAGUUGCUUUUCCACUAGCGAUAUUUUUCGAGCGAAGCGACUUUAUUCUUUUCUAUUUGGGCAAUUUGUUCGAGAUGGUUGCAGCUGAGAGAUCCGACACCAAAGUAAAUUGUCGCUUUGCGCGAAAAAUAUCGCUAGUGGAAAACCGGCUUUAGAUUUAUAGUAACCACGUCUAACUCCGAUUUGAAAUAUAUCCUGAAACUAUAUAGUCUAUACUCCCGGUUUGACGCACAGAGAAUAUAUUAGUUGACAUUCACCGAAGGCGUUAAACGAACGCAAAGUCUCAUUACUGAACGAAACAAUCGUUAAAUUAGCAGCGUGAAAGAUCAAACUACUUAUAACCACAUUCACUUGAUCCAAAUGUGGGAUAUUUCUUUGGCAUUUCAACAGGCGAGCAGCAUUUUGAGUAGACGUGAAGACUUAUUUAUGUAUUUUAAGUAGAGAUAGUAAAAUUAAAAUUUUGUUUCACGCAUUGUGUUAGGCCUGUUUUCCAAUUCAAUCGUAGCGUAACGUAGCGUAUUUCUUUGUUUCGAAAGUAUUUGGCGAGAACUAAUGACUUUAAAACAAUGAGAUGCGCUACGUUUCGCUACGAUAUGGUUGAAGUGGAAAACGGCCUUUAGGGUCCCUACAGGUUUUGAAUAUAAACUUCGGUCGAGUGUCGAUAUAUUUUUCAAUUUCUCAAAUUACCCGAAAAUAAAAUACAUGAAUGUAUUUUCAUUUACUACAAAGUUUUUGCACUCCAAUGUCUGAAUUGAAAACGGCAUUAUUAAUGAAUAAACUUUUGUUGACCGCGUUUGGGCCUGUUUACACGGAGUGAGUUAUCCUGCGGCUAUAGGCGAGAUAAAAAGCGUAUCACAUCAAAGGCUUAACCUGAUUAGUCGUUCAUUAUAUGCAGUUUUCAACUUUUCACCUCGCCUAGCCGGGAUAACUCGCUCCAUGCUCUCAAUGUGUAUAACGAUGUGCAAGCAAUUUACCGGUGUACGCACGCAUUAAUAUUAUACUAUCACUCUAAAUAGAAAAGUCAGUGUAGGACAAAUUGAAUAGGGAUUAAUAGUUAAUACGGUAUAUGACAGCGAAUGACUUCAGAUAGACUUAGCUUAGCUGGUUGCCAUUUAAUAAUAACGAGUGAACGAGUCAUUGGCCCGAUGAGAAAUAGUCCGCUUGUAAAUUUGCAUUUUUUUUCUGUGUUUAAAUCGGUCAUGUGCGCUGUUCACUGCACCUUGAGAUAUUCAAAUUCACACUUAAAUGCAAGACUUAAUGGAAACAAGGCAUUAGAAAUUAGAAUCGUACUUGUUUUAUCGUUCUCAGUACGGAAACCCUGUAACAUCGGUACCUGUAACGUCUACAUACUUUUAACUGAAGCCCAAGCCAAUAUAUCAUUUAUCUUAAAACCAAGCAGGCUGCAGGUCCGUCGUGUCAAUACACACUCGACAGUACUUUUAGGAGCACCUGCACAACCUAGAAAUAGUUUCCUGAUCUUUAAAAAGCUCGUCUACCAUGGAGUUAAACGGCAGUCAUCUUGAUCAUGAUAUACAAGGAGAGCAAAACCAUUUGCCUGCCGAACAACUACCAAGUCAUCAUAGAAUAACGUCGAAAUUUGGUUGGGGGAGGUUUAGACCAAGAUGUCUAAAUUUUCUUGCCAAUCCAAAAUGCUUUCUCGUGGUUAUCAUAUUAUAUACGUUAGGCGCAGGCAUAUCUAUGAACGGUUUGCCCGUGCUUAUCCUACCAAGUAUUGAGAAGAGAUUCAGUUUAUCGAGUAAAGAACUGGGGAUUAUUGCAGCUGCCAAUGACGUCGCCGCCCUUCUUUUCGUUGCUUUCAUCAGUUUCUAUGGAGACUAUGGCAACAAAAUAAAGUGGGUGAGCGGUGGAGCGGGUGUUGCAGGCUUUGGAGUACUUUUCUUCACUUUGCCUCAUGUCAUGAUUGGACCGUAUAAUGUUCCUGAUUUUCAGCCAAGUAAAACUGGAAUGUGCUUAUUAUCCAAUAAAACCUCUUCAUCGCAGUCGUGUGACGGUGAUAAUGGAACCAUGUGGUACUAUAUGAUGAUAUUUGUUAUCGCACAGUUUAUCCACGGUGCUGGUAUCUGUCCAUUGUAUUCACUGGUCCCUUCGUAUUUGGAUGAGAACGUUGAACCAAAGCAGAUGCCUGUGUAUCUUGGUCUUUGGUACCUCUCCUCAUUUAUUGGACCCGGAAUUGGAGUAUUGCUAACCGGGCAAUUUCUUAGCGUUUACGUUGACAUUCAACAGCCAGAUGGAUUGAAUCUUACACCAAAAGAUCAUCGUUGGAUAGGAGCAUGGUGGUUAGGAUUUCUCGUCUUUGGUUUACUAUUUUUGUUCCUAGCAAUUGUUGUAUCGGGUUUCCCACGGUCUUUACCCGGGGCAAAAGAAAGACGUGAAAAACACAUACGCGAAGGAAAUUUACGAAAAGAAAACAGAAGAAAAGAAGCAAACCUGAAAGGAAUCAUCCCUGAGUUAAAAUCUCUAAUUUUGAAUUGGACAUUCCUGUUCAAUUCCCUUGGGGUAUCUGUAGGAUUCACCUUUAUGGGCGGUUUGGUUCCAUUUUUGGGGAAAAUACUUCAACUAAAAUUUGAUUUAGAUUCUGUGAGCAGUGGAUAUCUGAUAUCAGCAACAUUCAUCCCAACAACAGUGGUGGGUGUUUUGUUUGGCUCAUUUGUGGUUCGAAAAUUUCCAUUGAAAAGUGUUUGUAAAAAAUCGGCCUUCUUUAUGGCCACCACCCAGAUAUUCUGUAUGAUAGCACCGUUCGCACUACUUAUACCAGGAUGUAGGAAUGUUAAUAUGGCAGGAGUUUCAACUUCCUAUACAGAUAGAAUAAGUGCGUACCGUGUUGAAGCGAACACAAGUUCUACCAACAAUGAUCUUAAUUCCCGGUGUAACCUUGACUGUAGCUGCAAAAUAGAUCAAUUCAUACCCGUGUGUGGCUCUGGCAACAUUGUCUAUGCCAACCCAUGCUACGCUGGCUGCUCGGCAAAGUAUAGCAAUAAAACGUUUGGAAGUUGCUCUUGCAUUGCUGGUGAUGCUACCAAUACAAAUACUGCAAGACAAGGUUACUGCGAUCGUGAUUGUAAGAAUCUGGCCAUCUUUCUAUUUCUCAUCACUUUCACGAUGCUUUUAAGAUUUGCAGCCGCCGUUCCAUCGCAAACUGUCAUUCUGAGAUGCGUUCCGGACAACAAAAGGGCUUUUUCAAUGGGAAUACAAUAUGUUAUGCUGAAGACAAUCGGCCUAAUUCCGGGUCCAAUAAUUUUUGGUCAUCUAUUGGACCUUUGCUGCCGAUUGUGGCAAGAUCUUUGUGGUAAGACAGGAAGAUGUUUUGAUUACGAUGUUGAUCUUGCUGGAAGAAAUAUCUGUAUUUUUGGAGCAAUAUCAAUUGGUCUGUCCUCGACGUGUUUAGUAUUUUCGUGGCUCUUAUAUAAUCCUAAAGAAACUCCAGAAUCUAUUAAUUUAAAUAUCAAGAACGAAAAGGGCAUAUCAAGUUUUGAAACCGUUAUGUAGCAGGCGGCGAUUCAGCAAGCUGGCGGGGUGUUUUUGGCAAAAGCGCUUAAUGCUUAUGCCUGUAACAUUCUUUUCUUAGGGGAAGUAAAUCGGAUUUUAUCUGACGAUUUUGAUGAAAUAUGUCUGGGCAAGAAUUUUGAUUUUUUGUGGAUUGAAUAAUGAUCAUUCU